AUGCUACAACCGUCCUUCUCAGAGUACUCUCCCGACCAGCUGAAAGACUAUGAUGGAUGUGUAUGGGCUUUGGGGCGAUGGAACCCUCGACUCUCAGAGCAGGAGAACGCUGUCGUGAACGUGGAAUACGUCGACAAGUUCUUGGAGGCGUUACCGCUAGAUACACGUCCGCCUGGUAGUCCCUUCCGCUUCGUAUUCAUCAGCACUGGUGGUGCGGAUCCGACAGAGAAGGCUUUCAUGGCGUACUUGCGCGUCAAGGGAAGAGCCGAAGCCCAUAUCCUCGCCUUCGAAGAAAAGCACAAGGACACAUUCAAAGCGUCCAUCCUCCGCCCGGGUGUCUUCUUCCCGUCUUCCAAAUACCCUCAAGAUGCACCGCACCAACGGACCAUGAUAGAACGCGGAAUCAACACCGUCUUCGGCGGGCUGAUUCGCGCAGCUGCGGGUCUGACGACGGAGGAGCUGGGCGCAUUCGCGGCGGGCGCUGUGAAAGGAAAGUGGGACAAGCAUCCACCGGUGUUUGAGAAUGGGGAGAUGAAGAGUCUUGCACGCUCAUUGGCAUGA